CCAACGACUUGAAUUCACUCUUUCUACAAGACUAACCAAGCCAAACAAUUAAAUCAAUAACCAAGAUGUCUGACAACGCCCAGAAGAUCGAAGAGACUCCCGUCCCCAUCCAGCUCACUGAAGCUCCUCCUGCCCCCGAGGCCCCCGCCCAUGAGACCCAGGAGAAGCCCGCCGAGGAUCAACCUGAGGAGGCCCAGAAGGCUGAGGAGGGCCAGAGCUGCGAGAAGCCUGAAGGUGCUUGCUGCGGCGGCCACUAAGCCACUGGCGCAAAAGCUCGAUGAACAACCGCACAUUGCUUGAGGAUUUUUGAGGAAUGCGUAGGCCGGGAGAGCGCGUCGAAUCACGAAUAGCAUUGUUGUCAUGUCGCGAUAUGAAUCCAGAGUCAGUCAUGUUGAAAUGUCCCCGAUCUUUGCGUGGUUCUGAGAACACUCCCACUCCACAAUCCUCCUUGGCUCUGCCACAGCAGACGACAAACGCGCCGA